CCCAGCAGGUUUUUCUACAAACCUCUAGCUUCCCAUAUAUACAUUCUCAGCACACACACAUGCCGAAUUCAGCCGUAGUGUACUCUGGUGUCUACGAGGUUGAUCGCCUUCGACGCCGUCGCGAUCGGCGGGUGCAGGAGUACAUUCAGCGCCGUUCCCGUCGAUUCUACCGGCCGCCGCCUCCAAUUACCAUGUGUCGCAUCACAAAAUUCGUGGUCUACCUCAUAAUCUUUGUUGGGCUGCUGGCAGUGGUUACGGGUAUAAUGGUGGUUUUGGUGAUGCACUUCCGCAUUCCGCCUGACAGGCCGGCAGUGACCAAGGUACCCGGACUCUGCACAGUGCCCGGAACGCUCGUGGGCGGCGAGAAACGUAUUGAGUGGGGCGUCAGCCUCCUCAAGGAGAUUGGCGCUUUUCGACGGGAGAUAGAGCGUCAUUUGGACCCAUUCGGUGUCAUCGGAGAAAUCCGUAUGACGGGCUGUAACACGGACCUCUUCUGGGGCUAUGCCACCGGUAGGCCUUGCAUUUUACUGAAACUCACCAAUACGCUGGGCUUCAAACCAAUAACCUACGACUCUGCUUUGGAACUGCCGGAACAUGCCCCGGAUGAUCUGUUUUACUACGUGAUAUCGCGGCCUAGAGAUCUGCGAACUAACCGCAUCUGGGUGUCUUGCAGUGUUCGUGAUAGCGAUAUAAAAGUCAACAUCAACUAUAUUCCGCACCGUUUCUUCAAAAUAAAUGAAUUGUCCACGCAAACAGCCUCCUUCAGCAACCACGAUCAUGGUGAGGAAGACCAUCCUGCCCUAAGCCGCUUCAUCGGUGUCCAAGUCUCUGAGAUUCCGCCCAACCACGACGUAUUUUUCCAUUGUCAAGUUUGGGCAAAGAACAUCCCCCUGGACAUGGCGUCCGCCAAGUUCAGAAUGCGCUUAAUGGCGCCUGUUUCGAAGAAAGUUCAAAUAUUAGAUGAGUGGGAAGGUUAAGGGGCUUUCGCAUUGAAGUUCAAGAUAUUACUACAUAACUCUUAUCCUUGACCUGAAUAAAGGGGACGAACAUUUGUGAGGAGAAAUGCUGUUUGCCGUUUUUAGAAUCAAUUGAGU